AUGCUUUUUGUUACAGAAGAGGAAGAGGAGCAGGUUCCUACCGAUGGAGGUACAUCUGCAGAGGCCAUGCAGGUCCCACUGGAAGAAGAAGGAGAUAUGGAAGAGGAUGAGGCAAUUAAUGAUGAGAACUACUUGAGCAAGAGACCAUUAGAAAGUCCUGAUGCUGAGGAAUUCCCACCUGUGAAAAGGCCAAAACUGUCUGUUUCCAAAGGGGAUGCCUUGGACGGAGCAGUGGAACCACGUGAGCCUCUUAGCUCGAUAAAUACACAAAAAGUCCCACCAAUGCUUUCUCCAGUUCACGUUCAGGACAGUACAGACUUAGCCCCCCCUUCCCCAGAACCGCCCAUGUUGGCUCCCAUUGCAAAACCCCAAGUGCCGACCCCCAAACCUUUAGAGGCAAAGCCGUUUGUACCCAAAACAAAGUCCAAGACAAGUUCUCCGGGACAAAAGACAAAAUCACCGAAAACUACACCCUCACCAGUGGUAGCUGGGAGUCCCAUUCGUUCACCAAAACCUGGAUCCAAAGAAAAAAAGUCACCAGGCCGCGCCAAGAGCCCGAAAAGCCCCAAAAGUCCAAAGGUUCCUGCUCAUGUUCCGCAGCCACCUGUGAAGCCUGAAACACCGAGCAGAACCCCUCUGGCUGCACUGAGUGAGAAGAUAGGAAAGGAAAACAUUCAAGUGAAACAGGGACAGACGCCACCUGAGCCUGCCCCCAAGCCAAAUAUGGACAACCAGGUGAAGAAAGCGCCGGUCAUGGACAAGACCAUUGAUGACUCAAUCGAUGCUGUGAUUGCUCGUGCGUGUGCAGAACGGGAACCCGAUCCCUUCGAGUUUUCCUCUGGUUCUGAAUCAGAAGGGGAAAUUUUUACCAGUCCUAAAAGACUUUCUAUUUCAGAGUCUACAACUCCUAAACCUUCUGUUCCUGCCAAUAAUGCAAAUAAGGCAGGAGCAACUCCAAUACCUGCCUCAGGUGGGACUUCGAGUUCAGACAUUUCAUGGACAAUGGAUGACUCAAUUGAUGAGGUCAUUCGGAAAGCAAACAUGGGGGCACCUUCUAAUCCACCUACCAGCUUCCCUUACUUCUCCUCUCCUUCUGCUUCACCUCCAACUCCAGAGCCUCUUCUCAAAGUCUAUGAAGAGAAAACCAAGUUGGCUUCAUCGACAGAAGUGAAAAAGAAAUUGAAAAAAGAGCUGAAAACUAAAAUGAAGAAGAAAGAAAAACAAAAAGAAAAGGAUAAAGAGAAGAACAAGGAGAAAAAUAAGGAUAAGGAAAAGAACAAGGAGAAAGAUAAAGACAAGGAAGGAAACAAGGAAGCAAAGUUUCAGUGGAAGGAACUACUCAAAGAGGAUGAUCCUGAUCCGUAUAAAUUCAAACUAAAGGACUUUGAGGAUGCUGACACAAAAGUAAAGUUGAAAGAUGGCAAUACCAAAAAAGAGAGAGAAAAACAUAAAGAUAAAAAGAAAGAGAAAGAGAAAGGCAAAAAGGACAAGGAUAAAAAAGACAAAGAGAAACUCAAAGAUAAGGGUAAGGAAGAUAAGAUAAAGGUGCCAUCAGCACCUCUUGUGUUGCCUCCCAAAGAAAUGUCUAUGCCCUUGUUCAGCACACCAUCUGCCAUGAGGCUUCCCAGCAUGUUACCUUCCUUGUCUCCCAUGCUACCUGAAAAACUAUUUGAGGAGAAAGAGAAACCGAAAGAGAAGAAGAAGGACAAAAAAGAGAAGAAGAAAAAGAAAGAAAGGGAGAAGGACAAAGAAAAGGAAAAGAAGGAGAAGGAAAAGGAGAGGAAAGAAAGAGAAAAGAAAGAAAAAGAAAAGGAGAAACACAAACAUGAAAAGAUAAAGGUGGAACCAGUUGUUCCAGCUCCAUCACCGGUUAUUCCUCGGCUGACUUUAAGAGUGGGCGCAGGCCAAGACAAGAUAGUCAUCAGCAAGGUGGUGUCAGCUCCAGAGGCCAAACCUUCCACUCCAGCAGCACGGCCCAAGACACCUCCGCCUGUGCCAUCACCGGCGCCAGCUCCUGUUCAUGUCACCCCUCCUCCUGCUCCAGCUCCUCCUCCUCCCCAGGCCACCAUCUCACCAGUCCUGAUCCCACCACCCUCCCCAGCUGUGUCAGCAGCUGGAGGCUCCAAAGCUCCCGUCCGGAGCGUGGUGACCGAGACCGUCAGUACUUACGUGAUCCGAGACGAGUGGGGUAACCAGAUCUGGAUCUGUCCUGGCUGUAACAAGCCAGAUGAUGGCAGUCCAAUGAUAGGUUGUGAUGACUGCGAUGACUGGUAUCACUGGCCUUGCGUUGGGCUUACGGCCGCACCCCCAGAAGAGAUGCAGUGGUUCUGCUCCAAGUGUGCCAACAAAAGGAAGGAUAAAAAACACAAGAAGAGGAAGCACAGGGCGCACUGAAGGCCGGGCAGGGACCGAAGUCGUGCGGUCACCGCGGCACCUCCUGGGCUGCAGGAGGGCCCCCCCGGGGCUGUGUCCCUCAGUCCCCCAGGGCGAGGAGAUGCCCUUGCUCGGGGGCUCUUGGGUUUCACAGGCUGCCCGAGCCCGGGGCGCUGCGCUGGGACCUUCUGUCGCUGUCUCUGGCCCCUGCCCGAGGGGAGCUGGCGCAGAGCGCCGCCAAGACCCCGGCGCUUCCCGGCACCGCUCCCGCUCCCGCCGCUCGGCAGCAGCACGGAUGAAUGUUGUAAAUACAGAUAUCUGUCCUAUUCUUUCUUGAUUUCUUCUUAAUCCCUCUUGAGCCUUUGCAGUAAGGUGCUGAGAGGAGGAGAAAAUGUAAAUUGCAGUAAGUUGUAAACUGAGACAACCUUCUGGAAUGAUUUCUGUAGUCUGGAUACAGUUCAGCCUCGACUCUUGCUGAGCCAGAUAAUCAUAAUGUGGAAAUAAAAAGUGGCUGGUAAAUAUUUUUGUGACGAGAAUAUAUGAAGCUUUUUUCCUUGAUUUUUAGUACUAACAUAAAAUAAACAUGUUCAAGCUUUUGUGAUAUAUCUUCUAUUUUUUAAAAAAAAAGUUUCUAUUGUGUCAAUUUUUUUCUUCCGUGUGAAUUUCUUUUGGUGGAUCUGUAAUAUAUUUUAUACUUUGAUUUUUGGUUUGUUUUUUUUUUUAAUGUCUUUGUCAACGUACCUUUUCAUUGCUUGUACAUUUCAUCAGUGUGUAAAAACACUUCCCAUUAAAAGGUUUUCACACAUGUAAAUACCUGAUAUUUAUAAAGUAAUUUUUUUUUAAUUAUUUCUUAGGGCUUGAGGAUUUUUGUUGUCGUUUGCCCGAGAAUGCAAACCUAGCAGCUACUGAAAGCCUGUGUGACAAACGCCUGUCCUCAUGGCUGUGAGGGAUUGGUGGGCUCUGCCCCAGCUGUGCAUGCACGAGGAGGUGGCCAGCACCAUAAUUAGGCCUCGAUUCAGAUACUUAAACACGUGGCAACUUCUUAAGAAGUGAGUAAUCCUAUUGCCUUCAAGGAGCCUGUUCCCACACUUGGUUAUACAUGUGCUUAAAUGCCUUCUGAAUUUGGAGCUUAGGCCAGGGGGAGGCUCUGCACUUCUAGUGGCAGCAUGUUAAUCUGUAGCUGGAAUGGACUUUUUUUUUCCCCUUUUUCUCCUUUUUUUUUUUUUUUUUUAGCCAGUGGUUAGGGAGUUGGCCAAAAGCAUCGUAUUUAGGUAGAGGAGAUGCAGGUGUGUUCCUCUGCUUUGUGUAUCCCCUUGGAAAGACCAGUAAACUGGAUCCCAGUCACAUCCCCCAUUGAAAAUGUGAGGGGAAGGUGCAGAGAAAAUGAAAUAAAAGUCAGUGUUAGAUAUUGUAGUGCAAUGGGUCUCAAAGCUAAAUAAGAAUAAAUCUUGAAAAUAAUUUACGCCUUUUGUUUUCUAAUCAAUUUUAGAUUGCAUUGGUUAAUUUGGGGAUAUUUGUAUUUUAAACCAAUGCAAUGAGAACGUCUGAUGUUGGAGAAAUAUGUCCCUUUUACCUGUUGUGCAGAUAUUAAGAGUUAUUUUUUAAAUGCAUCCAAAUUGAUACUAAUGAGAGUGAAUUAGUCAUGUUUUUAAAAGUACCAGUCUAGUUAGGGAAAUGAGGCUUUGCUGAUAGAACUGUUAAAUUGCAAAUCAGUGGAGAUAUGGAUGAAAUGGGUUUAUUAAAAGUGCACUGUUACCUGCAUUGUUCAAUGCCAUCUCGUUUAUAUUCCGUCCCUGUUAAUUACCAGUCAAGAAAGUUCUUGGGUUUGAUUUUUUUAUUCUAUUUUAUUUUGAAUUGUUGGAUGUUGCAAUGCUGAUUUUUGGGUUUUUCCACAUGUAAUGUGCAGACAUACAAAAUACGCCGUCUUUGGUCAUUUCUGGUUGCAAUAAUAAAGAAAUUAGCUUUUGGUAAGUUGUUUAUGCAUUUCCUCCUCCUCUCCAUGAAUCAGAACUUCUCACAUUUAAUCAGCUGAA